AUGUCGUCGGCGUCGAAUUCGUCCGAAGAGGUGCCUCGUAAAUAUUAUUCAAUUAUUCAAUUUGCGACGCGUACGCCUGCAGCGUCUCGCCUCUCCAUUACUGUACUAGCCUUGUGUUCGUGUUAGCAGCAUACUCACACAUUUUUUGAAGAAUAUUUUUAAAAAUAGCAAUGCCCACCGCUUCCGAGAACAUGACUAACUCCCGAUCAUUUUGGGCCAUCUCGCCGGUCUAAUGAGUUUUAAUGUGAACUCGGAAUCUGACUCUCUCCUUGACUCACUGACAUUUCUAGAAUUCUGAACUCUUCGCCUGCAGACAUCUCGGGGGAAAAUCCAAAAAUGCGAGUGCGUCACGCGGAGUCUCUCCGAAAUAAUUGGUAGCUGCACUCUUCUCGCGAGACAGAGAUCCUUGAGGCCGAAAUUCUGGUUAAGAGACGGAAGUGACGAAUUGGAAAGUGCUGCAGGUGUCCCGCGGGGCGAAUCGCAUUUUUCCAUUGCUGGAUUUCAUUUGGGCUUCAAUGUUCUGAAUUUCUAUCGGGUCUCGUCACGAAAUGUUCACCUUCAAUUGAAUCGUGACGACACCGUUCUGAUGCUUGGAAAAUGUUUUUUCGCAACCUAAGCACUACAAGUAGCCUACUCAGGUUUUUCGAUGACUUGUUGAGAACUGAAACCAGGUUUAUUUGCUUAUAUAUUUCGAGAGUAAAUAAUCCGAUCGGUCUUCAACUUGGACUCGAGAUAAUUCAAUUAAAACGAUCCGAUCGAAAAAUUACAACCGCAAAAAGCCUUCGAAAUGCUAACGAGUGACAGCCGUUUUUUUCGCAACUGAUAGAACAGGUCAUAAGCAAGCUGUGAAUUCGAACGUGGUUGCAAAAUGUCUGGUUGAAAAAACGACUAUUUUUUCAGAAGGACACGUUCAUGUUCGCAGUGCCCCGUCACGACACCCCGAUGGACAUGUCGUUGUCGGAAGAGGAGCGCGUUCGGAGAACCGCCUUCUACAAGAAGAUCGAAGAGCAGAAAGCGGCCGGGAAGCUCGUCCUGGUCAGUUUUUUCUUUAUUUCUAGGUUUUUUGUCUCAGACCUGAAAAUGAAGAUAAACUUAUCUAUUCGGAGCCUUUUCAAAUCGAGUCGCUAGGCCGCCCUCAAACGAGCGAUUUUUGCUGCCUCGAAAUUCGAAUUAACGCACGUAUGCGCUUCGUCGUACACGCUCUAUAUAGUAAAACUUUUGCUGAACUGAGACUAACAAGCGUGCAAAGAUAAGGUCCGAUCGGAUAAGUGAAAAUGUUCAAUGGGCCAAAAAAAAUACUGGCAGCAGGCCGGGCCGGAGCCGAGAUGAACAUUUUCACAAGUCUGGCCUGGCCUUUCUGGUUUCAGCUAUCCUAAACUCGCGUUUUGAAACGUUUUUUGUAAGUACUCAUCUCCUAACAAUAAGGGAAUCUGUUUCGCGAAAAAAGCAUGCAAAAUGUGAUUUUUAAUACAUUUUUUUGAAGAAAAAAACAAAAAAAAAACCCCUCGCGACUCUGUUCCAACAAGUCAUUCCAGGACUGUCCGAAGUGUCUGCUGCUCUUCUCGGACGCGAUCCUCCACCGAAUGCACAUGGUGAUGCACGGCAUCGGCCCGUCGCCGUCCUCCACGUGGCAGUGCUCAAUGUGCGGCCGACAGUGUGCGGAUCGGCGGCAGUUCCUGACGCACACGAUUAUGUACGCGCACUCGCUGAUUCCAAGCGGUCUGAUCGUGCCGCCCACGCUCACCUACCACUGCGGACUGCCCGAUUUGUCGUCGUUGUGCCCGGCGAGCGAUUUGCUCGAACAGCUAAUCAAGAACGGAAAUCAUUGA